AUGCCAGAAAAUGUUGUUCCACAGAAAGUAAAACAACUCUGCACAGUAACUUGUGAGAAACAUACGUUAGAGGCUAUAAAGUUCUUCUGCAAUGAUCAUGACACUGUUGGGUGCGGUAAUUGCAUGGUUAUUGAACACAAGGCGUGCCAUGUUGACUUUAUCCCAGAAAUAGCAGAGGAUUUUGCCAAUGGAAAGGAGUAUAAAGAUCUUCUUAUCAAACUAGAAAAGCUUCAGAUCAAUAUUAUCGCUAUGAAAGAAGCGAUGGAAAAUGGAAAACAAGCUACUGUUGAAAUGUAUACAGUAGCUGUCCAAGAAAUUAAGAAAUAUCGAAAGGAUAUAGAGGUAUCUCUGGACCAUAUGGAACGAAUGAUGUUGAAAGAAUGCGACCGGCUGAAGAGAGAAAAUGAAUUGGUAACAAGGAAAAGGGAAGAUGACAUUGGACAGUUUACAUCUGAACUAAACAAAAUCCAGGACCGUCUAACAAUACAAUCAAAGCAAACAGCAGAUCUAUUUGUACAAACAAAGCAAGCUAGAUUACGUAUGAAUCAACUUGAGCAAGACAUGAAGCGCGAAACAAACUAUACAUUAAAUCAGUACGAAUUUCAGCGUGACAGAGAGUUGGGCGCCGUCAUUUCAGGAAGCAGUCGCCUUGGAAAAUUCAUUUCUCAAACGUAUUAG